UUAGCCGCACUUCUCUGCGGGAUGAAAAACAGACUCCUGCCGCAUCGUUUCACUUUAAUCUGAAAGCGGUUGCAAACGGAUCUUUCCUUUUAAAAAAUCUGAAAUGACUCGUCAUGUUUUGCCUUAUGACUGAUUAUUACGUUCCUGGGGAUUCACACUAGCUAUGCCAGAAGACAAUAAGAACAACUGAAAUAAUGUACAAGUUACUGCGCGUUUAUUUUAGAUGCAAUCGCGUCUCCUGGAUAGCGGAUAAGAUCCCUUCUGUUUUUUCUAGUUUGUUUCUUUCCCUAGUUGUUAAAACGAAUCACAUCACUGAUUCACAGGGUUUACGGUUCGGGAAGCAGGUAGUAAAAUCCGUGUGAAUGCUCUGGAAUAACAGUGAGAACGAUUUGUUUGUUUGUUUUUUUGGAUUGUCCAUUUAUAUAUACAGUGGAAGAAGCUUUUUACCCUAAGGGAAUUAUGGCUCUCCAUCAAUAGACUGUAAAAUUCUGAGUUGUCUCUUCAACUUAAUGUGUAGUUGAUCAGCAGAGGAAACAUUUUAAGAGGACAUUUCCAUCGGGACUAAAGCUGUCCCAUCAGAAUCAGGGAACUCAUGAAGGAUUUAAAUCAGGAGACAGACGCAAGCGUUUGCAGAAUCUCACAAUGAAGCUGAAAUCAUCUAAAUGGGGUUACCUGGUAAUCCAAUUUAUGACACUAAUCUUUUACGCACAGACGGCGACAGGCCUGCAUUCUGUGUCCGUGCCGAACUUCAAGCAGCACGUGACCGAGCACAGCCGCUUAUCGGACCGCACGAGCCGCCGGUUGACGCGCACCUACCAGCUCUACAGCCGCACGAGCGGCAGACACGUGCAGGUGCUGAGCAAUAAGAGAGUUGUGGCUAAUGGCGAGGACGGAGACAUGCACGCCAAACUGAUCGUGGAGACCGACACGUUUGGGAGUCGGAUUCGUAUCCGUGGAGCUAAGACAGGCUUCUACAUAUGCAUGAACAAGAAAGGAAAGCUGAUUGGACGGAGAAAGGGUCAUGGCAAGGACUGCAUUUUCACUGAAAUCGUCCUGGAGAACAACUACACAGCACUGCAGAACGCCAAGUACAAAGGCUGGUACAUGGCGUUUACACGUAAGGGCCGACCACGGAAGGCGACACGCACGCAACAGCACCAGAGAGAAGCUCAUUUCAUGAAACGCUUUCCACGAGGACACCUGCUUACUGAGCAUAAGCCCUUCGAUAUUGUCCCUUAUCAGCUCAACAAGAGGACUAAACACAGCCACCGGCCUGCCGUCAACUAAAGAUUUACACACACACACAUUUAUUUACACACGCACAUGCACAUAUAGAGCUAAGCAACAACACACAUCUUUAAAAUCGAAUCUCUUGUAAAGUAGCUUGAACAAUCAAACUGGAUUUAAUUUGUGUGUCUUAUAUAAAAGCAGAGUUAUGAGACUUUAAUUGACUUCUAAAGAGACUGAGCUUGGACUGUUUCUUAGUUAUAAUAAUAAUAAUGAUAAUAAAACAAAAAAAUCAGAGACUGUUCUCAAAUCAGCUUAAUAGGGAAAGCCUCCAGAAGCCAUUCGUUGUGCAAGUAAUGUGCAGUUUAUCUCUGGGAAUGAGACACACACAACAAAUACACUCACACAUGGCAGCUAUGUUUUUUUUAAACAAUCCCAUUCAACAAAAUACAACAACGUCUCUGGUGCACUUAUGCAGAUUCGUCAGUGGAGUCUCUUGAGACACGUCCAUCUCCUUUCCAUUGUCUAUGUUUGAAUAUAUAUUUUUAUCAGAGGACAGAAAUAUUUAUUAUAGAGUGCGUAUUAUAUGUCUGUUUUCCUUUUCAUUUAUAAUAAAUGUCAUAUGUUUAAAUGUAUAUAAAAUAUAGAU